AUGGACGUCCCGCGCGCUCUGGACGACUCGCAGAAGGUCAUAAUAAACAGCAAGAUUGAUGAGUGGUUGAAGCAAGAGCGGGACGCUAUUCGGAAACGUAAGGCAGCGAAGCCAGAGGUCAAGGUUAUGCUACUCGGUCAGGCAGAGUCCGGCAAGUCUACCCUCCAGAAGCAGUUCCAGCUGCAUUACGCGGCGAAGACGAUAGACACGGAGCGUCCAUCGUGGACACCGAUUGUCUACUUCAACAUCAUCAAGGCCGUGCGCGUAAUUAUCGAAGAAUUAGACUAUGAAUUUAUGAGCGAUGUCUCCCACCCGUCUCCAGCACCUUCGCCGCCGAGCACGGCCGGCUCGGAUUGGCGGAUAGGCUUAGCAGAACUACGCGCACAAUUGCUUCCCUUGGUCGCCAUUGAGGACGCGCUUGCGUCCGAGCUCAGUGGCGGGAUCACCGUCUCUGGUGGCCGUUCAGGUGUCUACGUCCGCUCGGGCUGGCAGGCACUCGUGACGCCGAAGAAUAGCUGGCCACUGGCGGACAUCCGCAAUAAUGCCAAUAUACCCGCCGUGACGAACUUGGCGGCACGGACGCUGAUGGAGACCGCGUAUGCGAUCCAGGAUCUGUGGCAGCAUCCUGCCGUGCGUAUCUUAAUUCGCCGGAGAAAGCUCAGGUUGGACGAGUCGGGGACUUUCUUCUUGGAGAACAUCCAUCGCAUCGCCGCGCCGGAUUACCUCCCAACCCUUGACGACAUCCUCCACGUUCGACUACAAACGCUCGGAGUCGUCGAACACGCCUACGACGUGCGCGUCAACGGCGUGACAUACAACUGGCUCAUGUACGACGUCGGCGGUGCUAGGGGUCAGAGGCACGCGUGGGUGCCUUACUUCGAUGAUGCUACCGCGAUUAUCUUCCUCGCACCGAUAAGCGCGUUCGACCAGUACCUGGAAGAAGAUCCAAAGACCAAUCGCAUCGACGAUUCCCUCCAAUUGUUCAAGACGAUAGUCCAGAACAAGCUGCUAAAGAAAGCGUCGCUCGUGUUGAUGCUCAACAAGACGGACUUGUUGAAGGAGAAGCUGGAGGCUGGCACCGAAGUCCGCAAAUUCAUCACCUCCUUCGGAGAUCGCCCGAAUACCUACGAGGAGGUCUCUGAGUACUUCCGCGCGCAUUUCAUCCAGGCACAUCGGCGCGAGGACAUCUCGCAGCCCCGGCGACCGCUCUAUGUUCACUUCACAUCUAUGAUUGAUGUCAAGACGACGCAGACCAUCAUUACUCACGUUGGAGAAGCAAUCAUCCGCUCUUACAUCUCGGAAGCGGGCCUCUUGACCUGA